AUGGCUCCCACGCCGCCCCGUAACGCUCAGAUGGGCUCCAGAGCAUCAGAUUAUAUUUUUAUUACCAUGGCUGAUAGCAUCUUAGUGAGUGUUUUGCGGCAGGCGUUCGAAGGGGAGCCGGGAUUCGACUUUCGAGUGAUCCAGGGGCCAGGCGGCCAAGAACCACAGGCAGUCAGCGUGUUUAAGGAUGGCAAGUGUUUCCAACACAUACUCCUGGGCGCACUCGACAAGCCAAAUACCGCUAGGGUUCUUCUGGAGCCCAAGCUGGAGGAGAUGCGACAGGUAGCCCCCCCUGAGUGGGAGAUGGUUCUCGGGUGUGCAUACCAGGAUGGCAAAAUCAUGGUAUGGAAGCACGUUCGCAAUGCCAUUGGCGAUGUCCCGGUCAAGCCCAUGGAGAUCCGAGGCGUCCGCAUUUACAAUCUCCAAGACUCGUUCGAGAAGGGACUGUUCCUGGGCAUUUGUUUCUUGAUCAAGGGUCACCUUACCAAGCAGCAAUCGGUGAAUUGA